AUGGAGCAGUACCUCAACAUCUGCACCUGGACCGAGUGUGGCGUCCCGUGCCCCGUCGAUCGACCUUACGAACUCACCACGGAUACGGGGGGUCCGUUGGGGAAUGGCUGGUGUCCUGCUACGCUCUUCGAGCUCAUCCUCUAUGGCUCCCUGCCCGUGCGCACGCUCUGCUGUCCGCAGAAGGACGCCUUCAUGAACUGCCAAGGACUGUUGUUUGCGCGCGCCGUCUCGCUCACACUGUCUGCCAACCAGACCCUUCCGGGACAUCUUCUGAAGCGAGGAACGAUGUUGCUGCUAUUUGACUUUACAUUUGACUACAAUAUUCCGCUUUUCCAUUUUCUCGAGAAGUUACGCUACAACACCCGUCCUCUCUUCCAUGAGAUCGAUCUAGAGAUGACCACCGAGGUUCAAAUGCUUAACGAUUAUGCCGAUAUUGAGUCUCAAGAUGAAGAUGGCCGGACCCCACUCUCACGAGCGGCGAAGGACGGGCGUGAGGAGGUGGUGAAGCUCUUGCUACAGCAGAAUGCCAACAUAGAAGCUCGGGAUAAUGAUGGCCAAUUCCCUAUUAUAUUGGCAGCUAAGAAUGGGCAUGAGCAGGUGGUGAAGCUGCUGCUAGUGCAAAAUGCCAAUAUAGAAGUUAAGGAUAAUGAUGGCUGGACCCCACUCUCGUGGGCCGCCGAGAAUGGGCAUGAGGGGGUGAUAAAGCUGCUGCUAGAGAAGGAUGCGGAUGUUGAAUCUAAGGAUAUUACUGGCUGGAACCCGCUCCUAUGGGCGGCCGAGAAGGGGAAUGAGGGAGUGAUAAAGCUGCUGCUAGAGAAGGAUGCAAAUAUCGAAACUAAGGAUAAGAAUGGCCAGACUCCGCUAUCUUGGGCGGCCAGGAACGGGCACGAGGGCACGGUGAAGCUGCUGCUACAGAGGAAUGCUAAUACAGGCAGUAAGGAUAAUGAUGGUUGGACACCGCUGGUAUGGGCGACGAAGGAGGGGCAUGAGGGGGUGGCGAAGCUACUGCUGAAGAAGAAUAUGGAUGUGUGA